AUGUGUUUUGCCUAUUCAAAUUCUUCUUCUAAUGAUAAAGAAAUGAGGUAUUGGUUGACCCAAUGUGGACAUGUAAUAUGUAAUUCUUGUGUCAAUAAACACGGUAAUAAUAAUGAUAGCAGUGAUAAUAAACAAAAUGGAAUUUGCAAUGAAACCAAAGUCAAUAUAAAUUAUGGUAGUGCUGCUACAAUCGAUAACAAUCCUCGAGAAAUUUUAGGUGAAUAUGGUAAAUCUUCAAGAAGUAAUACGAUUAAUUGCUUAUUUUGCAAUAAAAAAUGUGCAAUUGUUGAAUGUAACGAUAACCUUGAUCAUCAACUAUCAUCUUUUUUCCAACCGUUUCAUGAGAUGCUGGAUGGAAUUUCUGAUGUCUAUAGGUUUCAACAAACCAAUACCAAGUCCCUCAUCAAUCAUUUGAAAGAUAAAGUGACUCAACAAGAAAAUAUGCUUUAUAAAGCAAAUAAUGAUUACAGGGAAUUGAAAAGUCAAUUGAUUAGUCUUACAAAUGAGAAUAAUCGAUUGAAAGAACAAUUAAAGGCGUUUCAACGUGAAAAUAAUUUCAUGAAUAAUCCAAACGCCAGCAAUACAGAAAAUUGA